UAAAUUUGAGUUUUGGCUCCCGUGGAUUUAGGUCCGUGAAAACACAGCGUAAAACGACACGUCGUCUAUAUCCCACGGCUGCAUAUCCAAUCUCUUUGUGGUCUUUUAGCCUAGACUAAAGAAAACAUGCAGCGGCAGCUUCCCCUUCGGCUAGUGAAGUCUCUCACUGUUUCUUCUUUGCCAACCACAUCCACUCUCCAAGAACUUGCUUUUGCUCACCACCCCAAAGGUUUGGCAAAGGUUGUACUGAAGAAAGGGAAGACACAGCUCUUCAAGGAUGGAAGUCCGAUGGUUUACAGUGGAGCUGUUGAUAGAAUAAUUGGUAGACCGCCACCGGGGACCGGAGAUAUGGUGCUGGUAGCUGAUGGUGAGGAAAAACCUAUUGGUUGGGGCAUGUAUAAUUCUUCCUCUAUGUUCUGUGUUCGAUUGAUGCAGCUAGAAGAAGAAGCAAAAAGAGAUCCUUCAUGUGCAUUGGACAUGAUGAAACUACUUGAAACAAGGAUUGACGCAGCAAUAGGAUUGCGUAGAAGCUUGGGGCUUCCUUCAGCCAACACGAAUGCUUAUCGACUUGUGAAUAGUGAAGGUGACAGGCUGUCAGGACUAAUUGUUGAUGUAUUUGGGGAUAUAGCUGUAAUAGCAUCAUCAGCUGCUUGGGUGGAAAAGUACAAACCACAAAUAGAGGCCUGCAUCAGUGGAAUUAGUGAAGUUAAUCACAUAAACUGGAGACCAUCUGUUGAAAUUUUAAAAGAAGAAGGAUUGGAUGUGUCAAAUUUGAAGAAAAUGAAUUCAUCUACUAGUCCUCACAGAACAAAGGUCAUAGAAAAUGGGAUUUGUUAUGCAAUUUCACUUGAAGGCCAGAAAACUGGAUUUUAUGCUGAUCAGCGCGAGAAUCGUCAUUUCAUAUCAACAAUCUCUGAUGGUCAGAAAGUGCUUGAUAUUUGCUGCUAUAGUGGUGGUUUUGCUUUAAAUGCAGCACGAGGAGGUGCCAUUGCUGUCACUGGUAUCGAUUCAUCAUGGCCAGCUCUAGAGUUAGCAAAAGAAAAUAUUGUUCUUAACAACAUGGAUCCAGGAAGAAUAUCAUUUCUAAGAGAAGAUGCAACUGAAUUCAUGAAGGGUGCUCUCUCUAGAAAUGAAACAUGGGAUAUUGUCAUUUUAGAUCCUCCCAAACUAGCACCACGAAAAAAGGUUUUACAAAGCGCAACUGGCAUGUAUAGAAAUUUAAAUUCCCUGGCAAUGAAAUUGACAAAGAGAGGUGGUCUUCUUAUGACUUGUUCAUGUUCUGGGGCCAUGACGCAGAGUGGAAUGUUCUUGAGGAUUCUCCAGGGUGCUGCAUCGACGGUGGGAAGAAAGAUAACCUUGCUGAGACAGGCUGGGGCAGCAUGUGACCAUCCUGUUGACCCAGCUUACCCAGAAGGCACUUACCUUUCAAACAUCCUUCUGAGAGUGCUAUAAACAAUAAAUAUACAUAUUUUCAUCACUGCUUGCUUGCUUGCUGCUUGAACACAGUACAUUGAAAGUAAUUAAUUAAUACUAUUUCUGGAUUUAUACAA